AUGCCUCAAUUAAACCCAAAUCCUUGAUUUUUUAUCAUGCUCACUUCAUGACUCACCUUCUCUCUAAUCAUCCAGCCCAAACUACUCACAUUCAUCACUAUAAACCCCCCAUAUAACAAGCCCCCUAUAACACCCAAAACCACCCCCUGAUCCUGACCAUGAACCUAA